AUGUCCACUACAGGCAUCGCAGCCCAGGAGGUCAACAUCUCCUUGAACUCGGGCUUUCUCCGUAAUGGAAGCCUGGAGGCCUGUUGCCGUCGCCACAACCGCCAGCUUGCCAACCCGUUCUUCAGCGUGGACUCUGUCGCAAUGGCCUGCAACUUGAACCCAGGGCAGCAUCCUUUGUCCUCCGUUGGCCAGGUCUCCGGUCCCGAUCCAGAUUGUGGUCCGAGCUGCAUCUGGAGAGCCAGCCCUUCUCUCCUUCGCCCCCCUGUCCCUUCCACCUCCGAAGAUGGCCUCGCUUCUGGCUUCGGUGGACUUUCUCUGACCAUGAACCGCAACCCUGAGGAGAUGCCUUCUCACAUUCCGGGGAAGAGUGGACCACUCCUCUCCCUUCCCCUGUCUUCUGUGGAGCGAAGCGCCCGACCCCUGCCUCCUCUGCCCAUCACCGAAGGCUUCCUGCACGACGAGGUGGACCGGGAGGUUGAGUUCUUGACCUGUUCGGACACCGAUUUCUUGCUGGAAAACUGCCCUAGCCCUGGUUUUAAGCUGUCGGCCCAGGGUAGGCGAAGCUUCAGGGGCUGUGGCCAGAUUAACUAUGCCUACUUCGACGGUCCGGCAGAGGGGAAGCCUCAACAGGGCAGCGCCCCAGAGGGUGCCUGUCCUCCCCCACCACCUCCACAACAGUCCCAUCGGCGGUUGCGUCGUUCUCAUUCCGGCCCAGCUGGGUCCUUCCACAAGCCGUCGGUCAGGGUCUCCGGCCACGUCUGUCGCUCCUCUCCCAGCUCCGAUGACGAUAAGCCCGAGGUUCCUCCCCGGGCACCUCUGCCACCCCGGCCACUCAAGCCCGAUUAUCGGAGGUGGUCAGCUGAAGUGACCACCAGCGCUUACAACGACGAGGAGAAACCGCCCAAGAUCCCUCCGCGAGAACCUCUGCCCUGGAGCCAUUCCCGAACGCCGAGUCCCAAAACGUUGCCGGCAUACCUCCACGGGGUCAUGCCUCCGACCCAGAGUUUUGCCCCGGAUCCGAAGUACGUCAGCAGCAAAGCUCUCCUGAGGCAGAACAGCGAAGGCUCUGCCCACAAGGUGCCCUGUAUCCUGCCCAUCAUCGAAAACGGCAAGAAAGUCAGCUCCACCCACUAUUAUCUUUUACCGGAGAGACCCCCCUAUUUGGACAAAUACGAGAUGUUCUUCCGGGAAGCCGAAGAGGGCAGCUUGAGGCCGGAGGAAGGGCAGCAGGCGGCCCACGGGCCCGCCACGCUGGUCAAGGCUGACUUGGGAGGACUAGUAAAACGCAAACACUUGGCCUGCAUGGUUUCCCCGUAG